UAGCUGCACAAGCCAAAUUUUUAUUUUCCCUGGCAAAGACUCACGUUUUCCCCGAAAAUUUGACCCACAGAACAAUGGAAACGACGAGUUCCAGUCCAGUGAAGCCUAGGCGAAAAGACAAGGAAGAAGAUGGCCGUGCAGAACAGGAGGAUUCUUCAGACCAGGUGGGCGAACCGCAAAGGAAGCUUCCGCGACUGAGCGAGGCUGUCGAAUCGAAGGAAGUGCUUCUGAACGAGAAGUAUCAGCAACCGGAGAUCACACAGUGGCUACAGACCGCCUGGACGGAGGAACGGAAAACCCAGGAUACCAAGGAGGGGCAGACCGGAGCUCAGGUGUUCAGUGACCCAUUCCAGAUUUGCCUGUUGCCCGGUAUGCUAGAGCAGGGCCAGAGCCAGGCGCUGGUAGCCGAGAUUAUUCAAAAGGUUGAGUGGUCGCGCAAGCAGAUGGACCUGUAUGAGUUCUACCAGAGCACCGACCUCUCCAACAUGCCCACUUGCCGACUGCUGACCAAUUUCCUGCAAGUGCUUCGAAAACAAGUACGACCGUGGCUUGAGAAGGUGACCCACCUUAAGUUGGACUACGUGUCUGCCUCCUGCAGUAUGUAUACCUGUGGUGACUAUUUGCUUGUGCAUGAUGAUCUCCUAAAGGAUCGGCAAGUGGCCUUUAUUUACUAUUUAUCGCCCUGGGAAGGAGCGGAGGAGUGGACGGAGUCGCAGGGUGGUUGCUUGGAGAUCUUCGGCAGCGACGACCAGUGCUUCCCACAGUUUCCGGUGCAGCGGAAGAUCGCUCCCAAAGACAACCAGUUCGCUUUCUUCAAGGUGGGCUCUCGGUCCUUCCACCAGGUUGGUGAGGUUACCACUUUUGACUACCCGCGUCUUACCAUUAACGGCUGGUUCCACGGCGAGACAAACGAGGCUUUUGUGGCCGACUCAUUGCGCGCUUUUCCCCGCCUGAAUUACCUGCAACCGGACAGCAAUAAUAAGCCGCCGCUUUGCCUGUUCCUUAAUAAUGUAUAUCUAAAGGGCGCCACACGUCGAAGCAUUCAAAAGCGGAUAGAGGAAAACUCUGAGAUUUGCUUGUACGAGUUCUUUAAGCGAGAGAAGUUCGAAUUAGCUCGGUCACAACUUCUCGCGGAAUCGAGCACCCUAAAGUGGCGAAGACAGGGACCCGCAAACGCACAUAACUACGAAGUUCUAGAUUUGACAACAGCCAGAGGCACUAUCCUGGAACUGCUACAACUAUUCCGCAGCCACGCCAUGUUUGAUUUGCUGCGUGAUUUUACCGAUUUGGAUUUGUCAGGUGCCGAUGCCGACAGGCCAACAUGCAGUGUGGAGCUGCAGCGUUGGUCCCACGGCAACUACACAGUGCUAGGCGAUGGCCUAGCCAGCGAGGAAAACACUUUGGAUCUGGUCUACUACCUGAACGCUGCGGAAGGAGCAGCGGUGAUUACAUACCUCUCACCCGACGCUGAAAUGCCAACAGCGAAAGCGCCGGCAGACGUCAGGCGAUCGGACUACGAUGGCGAAGAAGAGGACGAUUCGGUUCUACUUACCAUCACGCCCGUAGACAACGCCCUUAACAUAGUGUACCGGUGCGAGGGCACCACCAAGUUCACCAAAUAUGUGUCACGCAACACGCCCCUGGAAAAGGGACCUGUUUUUGUUAUUUCUUGUAGCUACAAGGAGUAGCAUGUGAGUUUGUUUCACAACAUGCGCACAAUUACUCCUCAAGGACUAUUCACAUUCAUAGCGUUCUAUUGUACAGAAACUUAUUUACAUAAUAAAAUCUUUAAAAAACC